GAGGGGCGGUGUGCAGCAGCGUCUACAGCAGCGUCACUCGCACUGAGAGCGGCCAGGACAGAACCCGACGACCGUCCAGCUUCUGAGAGAGAGGAAUAUUCAUAACAUAACAGAACACCAUGGCAGAUAAAAUUAAGGAUGCCAAGAUCAUCUUUGUUGUGGGUGGCCCCGGCUCUGGCAAAGGCACCCAGUGUGAGAAAGUGGUGGCCAAGUACGGCUACACUCACCUGUCCUCUGGAGACCUGCUGCGUGCCGAGGUGGCGUCCGGAUCCGCGAGGGGGAAGGAGCUGCAGGCCACCAUGCAGAGGGGCGAGCUGGUACCUCUGGACACAGUGCUGGAUAUGAUUAAAGACGCCAUGAUCGCCAAGGCCGACGUGUCCAAGGGCUACCUGAUCGACGGCUACCCUCGCGAGGUCAAGCAGGGGGAGGAGUUUGAGAAGAAGAUUGGUGCUCCUGCUCUGCUCCUCUACGUUGACGCCAAGUCCGAGACGAUGGUGAAGAGGCUGCUGAAGCGCGGAGAGACCAGCGGCCGUACCGACGAUAACGAGGAGACCAUCAAGAAACGUCUGGACCUUUAUUACAAAGCAACAGAGCCCGUCAUCGCCUUCUACGAGAGCCGCGGCAUCGUCAGGAAGAUCGACUCCGAGCUUCAGGUUGAUGAAGUUUUCAAACAAGUUUGCCAGGCCAUCGAUAACCUCAAGUAAAAAGAUCCUGAAACAAA